AUGGAUGGACAAGAUCAUAAGUCCCUUCGUAAAUCAUGCAUUGAUGAACUCGCGGGCAAGAUUCAAGAUGCCAUGAAGAGAGGCAACGACGGGGAGCGAGCCUUCUGCUGUCAUUCCAGCCUGAGGGCGAUAUGGAAAGAGAGGCGUCUACAACAGCUCUUGUUUGACAACAGACUCACUGACUCACAAAUUGACUUUCUAUGGAAACACUUGCUAGGCUUCUUGUCUUUCAUUGUUUGGGCUGAGAUUCCAGAUGACGACUGGUUCUCAACUUUCAAGAGCCGAAUCUUCUCUCCUCCAGAUACCACGUGCGCACGGUUCAUCGACGACCACCUCCCGCUUGAUUUGGAGACACUCAAAGGGUUAGGGUUCAAGUCUCAUCGCGUGGAAAAGUUUUGGAUAGACCAACACCGAUUCGUUCCAGCUGUUCUUGACUUCAGCAUCCAGCGUGAUACACAAAAGAUCGGCCCGCAUGUCCGGCUCCCGUUUGAAUUUCGGGCGGAAGAGGAUAGAAGAGGAGGAUAUGGGUUGAUCGAAUUCUACCGAAUUCCACCAGAGUAUGUUCAAAGCAGUAUGUACGGCCACGCUACUUGGAAGCCGAAUGAGCCCUACGCAGUUGCUGUCAAGUCAUUUAAGGAAGGCCGUACAGAUGCGCAAAGGGAGGUAGAGACAUUGUGCAGGGUGAAAAUGACACUGCCAGGCGACUUGUAUCGAAUCACCCUCCAUCACACCAUUAUCGAGCAGGAUAUGCAAUACUAUAUUAUCCUUCCCUUAGCUGACUUAGGAAACCUUGACCAGUUCUUGCGUGCACAGUCCGCAGUCAGCUCGAAAACGUACUCUCUACAGCCAAAGACUUUCAGAGAACGAUUUCCCGAUCUUCCUAGUCACACCGCCGAACUGGCUGGAGCGCUGCUUGAGCAGUGUGUUGCCAUUGCCGACGCAUUGAAGUGGCUUCAUGCUGGAUUUCGCGAAAACCAAAAUUUGGUCUACCUUGCUCAUAUGGACCUCAAACCAGAUAACAUACUACUAUUUGAUGGGCAUAGCGCGCCGGUUGGGUUCUGGAAGCUGGCUGAUUUUGGAAUAUCAGUUAUCAAAAAGAUCCACAAAGGGGUGCAAGAGAGACAAACGAUGCAUACAGGAGCUCGGCGGCCGCAGAACACGUAUCAGGCACCGGAGGUCGAAAAGAGUUGGCUUUCUGGUGGGUCUUCAAAGGUGGGAAGGAAAAGCGACAUAUGGUCGUUUGGUGCAAUCUUUUCCGAGGUCCUUACCUUCGCCGAAGGAGGACCGUCAUAUCUAACGAAGUUUGAGAGGACACGACCUGGUACAUAUGACAACUUCUACUGCCCGAUCGACAAUGGUUUGAGUCCUGGAAGUCCUGAUUUCCAAGUACGGCCUAAUGUGGUCACCUGGCUGGAAGACCUUUGUCAUCAUGCGGGUGCAGAUCGCAGCUACGUUACUUGCUGGACAAGGUGCGUUAAACGCCUUUUGGUCGUAGAUCCUCAGCACAGGCCAGACGCAGCGCAACUGCUGGAUUAUGUCAAUCACGUCUCCGACCAUGUCCACCGAUUCAUACAACAAGAAGAACCCCCUAUGUGUAUAUUUGAUCAAGCUCAACGGGAACCACUUCCUCGCCUACGUGGCUCAGAUGCAAAGCCAAUUGCUCCAGCAGCAUCUGAUAUACAGUUCAAUCUGGUUAAUACGGCAGUUGAUAACGCAGAACAGUUAGCCAGCAUGAAUGCAGAGAGUUUCGUCUCCACAGGGACAAACUCCGACGGACUGUCUCCUAGGUCUUCGAGAGUUGAUAGUGAUCCAGAGGGGUCCUCGACUCGACACACGUCAAUGAGUCAGCCAGGCAUGAGAGCUGCGGGAGGCCCAAUUGCCUACUCCCGCUCAACCCCCCUCUUAGCUGAAAGCACACUUGAAAUCGAUCUACCGAAAACAGAGUUGUAUCGAGAAUCAUGGGAACCAGGUAUAAACACCCGUUCCUGUCCCAAGGCUGUUGCCAUCGGCCAGCUCUGGAUUGCGUAUUUGAGUAGAUUCAAGGUAUACAUGUUCAGACUCCGCCCAGAUUACCAAGGGAAGCGCAUUGUUCAGCCUACGGAAGGCGUUGAUUUACCCACUGGAGACAAGAACGAGUGGAGAAGUAUUGUUGUUUCUGGACAUUAUCUGGUAGUUUGGGGUGAAUCUAAGCGGAGCCGGGAGCCCUUGCUCCGGGUAUAUAGGGUGUUCCCCCAAGAUGCCGGUGGAUCCCCUCCUACCCUAUUACAGACUUCACUAAAGGACUUUGAUUCGCCGAAGAGAGUUGCUUUAUCAUGCCAGGGAUUUGUGGCUGUGAUCAGUUCGAAGAACUUACUUAUAUCCCAAAUCGAAGCCCCGGGUGAGACCCAAAGACUUUACACAGCAGCAGGUAUCCCUGAAGACGAGUCUUACUUCGAAGACAUCGCAUUCAACGAGGAAGGCGAUAUUCUGUACGCUUGGGCAGCUGGACGUAAGGGGUGGCUUCUUUGCUACCGGAUCAUAAAGCCAUUUGUCAUUCAUCUGGAGCACAAAACGUCCCACGACUGUGAAGUAAAUCAGAAACUGCACCUUGCGAAACUGCUGCCUUACGACAUGACGAUGGGCUGUAUCCUUUCUCCAGAUGCCGGCAAAUACGUGGCAUUUUCCGCUGAAAGUUCCAUCACCGAUAACAUUUCACCAACGCUUUCCACGUCUCUACUGUGGCCUACAGUCUCCGAUAUUCGGGCAUGCUGCAUAUAUGGGGAUCGUUCCUUCGUCAUCGCAAAACCAAAGUCACUGAGAAAGACAUGCCUGGUAGAGUACCCGUUGCCACGGAAUGGUGCUUACGACCAUACGGAAGAGAGAAUCAUCUGCAGGCUCGAUUCACGUUUGAUUGAAGGCUCAGCAAUGAAAUUCUUUCGCUGUGGGAAUGAUGGUACUGUUCUAGUCGUCAUAUGUCAUCGCGAUGGUAAGAUGGAAGUUAUCAAAUAUGGCACGAAACGUAACCAGUAG